UGGGUGACAGCGGUGCUGGAGAUAGAUGCUGUAGCUCCUACCACCGCUAGAAGACAAACGUCGUGGUCCUCCCACUUCACCGGAGCCCCCGAGUGGAGCUCAAGAAACAGGAACUAUCUUUUUCUUUUAAUAAGCCGAUGAAUGGGACUUUGCCUCGCGCCGGACCCCGAGCCUGGCUCUGCUUGGAAGUGGGGCGCACAAGCUCACAGAGGAACAGUCUUUUCUUUCAUUGAGACCCGAGGUGGAAAAGACGCAGCAAUGACAGAGCAGCAGUCGUGCGCAGCGGCAAAAUAGACCAAGUGUUGUGAGGAGGGAAGAUUGAUAACACAACUGGGCGAGCAACGAGGGCGGCAGAUGUAAUUUCCAAACGUUGCAGCUGUUUUUUUGUGCCAGUGGUGUCCUGGAUGGGUCGUUAUUGCGUUCUCCUUUUCAUCAUUCACUACUGCCAGCGUUUCCAGAUUACUUUGGAUCUCGGACGGCUGUCUUUGAGGGAGUAUUGCUGCAGAGACUAACGGGGGAAUGCCAUGUGUCGUUGCGCGACAUAGACGCUCUUUGUGGGCUGUUUUGCACCGGGGACAGGUGGUGCCGUGUGUGCGUGUAUGUGUGUGUGUGUGUUGAGACUAGCAGGGGGUACGGACACACAACCCCUGAGACAGUUGUCUUAGGGAUGUCAGGCCGGCGUACGGGAUCAGUUUUUGCCAGAGACAGGUGCGACAGGGAGGAGUAGUUUACAAAGCCCUGCACGGGAUCUGGUAACGCACUAACGAGCCUGCUCACUCCUCUGAUCACUCUCGGAUUUUUUUUUCUUCUUGUACCCAGCGGGACACACAAUUGACUGAUACGUUUGUUACAUCGGCGGCACCUUUUCCCAGAUAAUCAGAGACUCCACAGUUGUGUUGCUAUGGCAGCUGUGGCCCUUCCCUCCUUCUUCCUGCUGUGUUGGCUGCUCCGAACGGCCAGCCCGGCAUUCCCAGAGGAACCCGGGCCCCUCAACUUCAUCCCCACUGAAGUGGUGAGAAGAUACCCGGUGUUUCUGGGCCGACCGCACAGAACAUGGAUGAGACAAGAGCCUCUGCACAUCCAGAGGAUCCUCCAGGUCAAUCGGACGCUCUACAUUGGAGCCAGGGAUGACCUUUUCCGUGUGGAGUUGGACAUCGUUGCAGGAGACGAGAUGUUUUACAGCAAGAAAAGAACAUGGGAGUCAAACAAGAAUGACAUCAGGAUCUGCAGGAUGAAGGGCAAACACGAGGAUGAAUGCCGUAACUUCAUGAAGGUGCUCCUCAGCAGACAAGGAGGCCUAUUUUUGUGCGGCACGAAUGCCUUCAACCCACUAUGCGCCAACUACACUGGGGACACUCUGGAGAUGGUUGGAGACACAGUCAGCGGGAUGGCGAGGUGCCCUUAUGACCCGAAGCACGCCAACGUGGCUGUGUUUGCAGAGGGGAAUCUGUUUACAGCCACAGUGACAGACUUCCUGGCCAUUGAUGCGGUGAUCUAUCGCAGCCUCGGGGACAGUCCAGCUCUGCGCACCGUCAAGCACGACUCCAAGUGGUUCCGAGAGCCAUAUUUCGUCAGUGCUGUUGAGUGGGGGCCCCACAUCUACUUCUUCUUCAGAGAGAUAGCCAUGGAGUUCAAUUACCUGGAGAAGGUGGUGGUCUCACGCGUGGCCCGCGUAUGCAAACGUGAUCAAGGCGGCUCGCAGCGAGUUCUGGAGAAGCAGUGGACGUCGUUCCUGAAGGCCCGUCUCAACUGCUCCGUGCCUGGCGACUCACACUUCUACUUCAACCUGCUCCACUCCACCAGCCCGGUCAUCAGGAUGCACGGCAGGGACAUAAUCCUGGGGGUGUUCUCCACACCGGCUAACAGCAUCCCCGGUUCGGCUGUGUGUGCCUUUGACAUGGAGCAGCUGGCUACGGUGUUCGACGGAAGGUUCAAAGAGCAGAAAUCUCCAGAGUCCAUUUGGACGCCUGUGCCGGAUGAAGUCAUCCCAAAGCCAAGACCUGGUGGCUGUGCAGUUCAAGGAUCAAGGUUUAAUUCCUCCAAUUCUUUCCCUGACGAGAUGCUCAACUUUGUCAAGACCCACCCUCUGAUGGACGAAGCAGUGCCAUCACUCGGGCAAAGACCCUGGAUAGUCAGAACCAUGGUCAGAUACCAGCUGAAUAAGAUUGUGGUGGACACAGAGGCCGGGCCUCACAGAAACCGCACUGUCCUGUUCCUUGGGUCAAGCAGAGGGACCAUCCUCAAGUUUCUCAUUAUGCCCAACCAGGACAAUAGCGUCACCAACAGCAACAUCUUCCUGGAGGAACUGGAAGGAUUCAACCCCGAUAAGUGUGCAGAGGACUCUCCGCAGGCCAGGCAGCUGUUGUCCCUCACUCUGGACCGGGCGAGCCAUACGCUGCUCCUCGCCUUCCCUUCCUGCGUGGUCAGAAUACCGGUGGCACGAUGCCAGCUCUACUCCAGAUGCUUGAAAAACUGCAUCGCCUCCAGGGAUCCGUACUGCGGCUGGACCAGAGGCAGCACCUGUUCUUUUCUCAGACCUGGGACCAGACUGCCGUUCGAGCAAGAUGUUGAACAGGGAAACGUGGCCCACUUGGGUGACUGUGACGGAAUGCUGCUCCAAGAGACUUUCAUCGAGGAGCCGGACGGCCUGGUGUCCGUGAACCUCCUGGUGGUGUCUGCUGUUUCAGCCUUCGCUACGGGAGCCGUCCUCUCUGGCCUCACGGUCUGCUGGAUCAUGAGUCACCGCCACCGCCACUCCCGGAGCUCCGGAGCCAAUGGCGCCCGCCGCAAGAGCGACAAAGAGCAGAGCAUGCUGGGGCAGGGCCGCAGUGGGUCAGUGAUGAGCGUAACAAGAACCAGUGGUGGUGAGCGACGCCGUUCGCAGGCGGACAACCCCUUUGUCACACCCAAUGGCUGGCCUAAAGGAGAGAUGGACCCAGGCUUGCUGCCCACCCCGGAGCAAACUCCACUGCAGCAGAAACGGUCCAUGCGUCUCCCAGAUCCCGACUGGGACCAGAGCCAGACCUUCCUCACCGCUGUGGGGACUCCAUGCCCCAACAACUCUGUCAUCUAUUUGAGCUCCAAGUUUCUGCAUGGAGGUGGAGGGGGUGGAGGUAUGGUCCGGAUAGAGGACCCAGGGGAGGUGGUGCUGCCUCCUCACACAGAACGCCACCGCUACCUGAUCCUAGCCACCCAGAGAGGGGAGCAUGGUGGCAGUCGCCCCACUGGCACCCUGAGGAACUCAGCGGGAGAAUACAUCUACCCCGCCACGCCACAGGAUUCCCCCGACCGAAGGAGAGUGGUCUCGGCUCCCACUCCCCACAUGGACUAUGGGGAGCCUCGCUGGAGUCAUGAGGCACUCAACUACAACAGCAACAAUGGAGUGCCCUAUCACUCUCAACGUCAGGGCCUCGUCAGGCCAGACAUGCCCGGGCCUCGAGGGCUGGGGGAACUGGCUGACUUCAGCCAUCUCCUAGGAAAGAACAUGGGAGAGCGCACACCCAGUGGUCAGUGAGGUGAAGUGUGUGAGCCCUGGCUCCCAGCUCUCUCUGAAAACCCAUUCCCUCCAACAAACUGGAAUAAAUCAACCCCUCAGACUCACUGUCCCGGUCCAAACUUACCCUGUCUGUCCUCUCUCACUGUCAUUCAAUGUUCUGACGUCAUUCAGCUGACUGAAGAGAGAGACAGAGAGAAAAGAAACAAAGAGAGAGUUGAAAAAGGAGAGGAAACUCUCCAUACGUCUCAGUUCCUCUGUUCGCAAUCUGAGGUGCUCUGAUCCUCUGAUCUGUCAGUGGUGCCACUCAGUGUGACUUUCAACCCACUGGACAAACAGCAAAGUUAAAAAAAUGGGUACAAAGGAAGAGGAACCCUCUUAAAAGGACAGUGUGGAGGUUUAAAAAAAAAAAGGAAAAAAAAAGACAAUUUCGCUUGCAGCGCCAAAUGUGAAUGGUCUCCCUCCACCAUUUUGUUCACUGUUUGACGACAUGGAACUUCUUUGAGUGUGAAAUUUUGUUUCUGCUUUAGUUGUUUUUGUGCCAGUGGCAUCCAGCAGACAACAAUGUGCUUUACUGGAUUUCAGAUGAGACUAAAUCUGUUGUAGCUGUGCCAGAGGGCAGAGACUCUCAAUGAAUCAUGCAGUGUGUGUGUGUGUGUAUGUGUGUGUGUGUGAGUGAUCAUGUGUGUGAUCAUGUGUGUGUGUGUGUGUGUCCGUGUGAAUGUGUGGCCACAACAACCCCAACCAGCGUCCUGUCUUAACUGUGAAGUAUAACUAUAUAAUGAAGUUGCUGAUAACAUUGUUUUCCUUUUUAUAAUCAAUCACAGAGAGAUAAAAUGAUUUUAUUAUGUGUCUACUUGAAGCUCUGUGUUUUUGGCAAUCAGGUUCGGAUGGUUGACCAGCAGCUAGUGAGGGGUUCAGUGUAAUAUCUGUCACUCCCAGCACUGGUCAGAGUCACGAUGAAGUGAAGGAGAGCAAUAAUACACAAGAAACACAUAAGAGUGAAGACGAAGUUAAUUCGAUUUGAUAUUUUUAUAUCACAAUCUUCUCAACAAAGCAAACUGAACCUUUGAGAUGUCAGAAAAGGGAGGGCUCUGGGAAAAGGAACAUUAUCUCCCCUCCCUCACUGCCUCUCAGUAAGCCCGGGUCUGUCUGACCUGACCUGAGGCCUCCCUGGGCUCCGCAGUCCAUUUGAAGGAGGGAAUGUGAGCUCUGGCUGUCUGGCUAUCUGACUGAGACUGUGAGGCCCGGCCGCUUGGGAGCUCCAUUCAGCCUCCUCUGCCCGACACUGAGCCUCUUUGUGCCCCAGAAGCAGGAGGAGACUGCACCAACAAAUAGCUGUUAAGAGUCAAAGACCUAGGCCACCACCGCAGCUUAGCAGAAUAUCAAUGAAGAGGACAGCAGCGCCAUCCGUCAUGUGAGAUACACCAAGCAGGCCCGGCCAUCUCUUGCAGUUCACCCACACGGGCAUUUCACUCGUUUGCCAGGACAGAGAGGAGCCAUGGGCUGGAGCUGAGGCCGAGGCCAGGGCUGGGGCACCGCUUAACUGCCACAAUACUCAUCCCUUGUGGCUCCAUCCCUUUCUUUAAUUCAGUGUGUUUCCCCACAAAAGCGGGAUAAAGAAAACAGAUGGGCAUGAGCGUACUUGGGUGUGGAGUUACUCUUUCACUCUGUCGUCUGAUCUUUUUAUGUUUUUGUCAACUCUCAGCCGUUAUUGAUUCAAAUGUAGAUGCGCAGAUAGCUUUGGUUCAUCUGGGUCAUGGCGGUGGUGUUUUUGUGUGUGUCAAUUCUCUUAGGGCUUGUAUACAUGAAUGUGUUACUCAUAUUGAGUGCAAAAAAAAGAAAAUAACAAAAAAGACAACACUUUGAUCAAUUUUGCUGUCAUUCUCACCCUUGCUCUUGUUUCUACUCUGUUCUUUUAUCUAUUGAGGCAUUAAUGGAUCCCUAGCAUUCAUAAAUGCAUGCCGACGGUGUCAGAGCCUUGCGUGGGAGCGGCGGGUGCUAAACAAUAUAUUUAAACCAUUAUACUGCACACAAAGAGGGGCAUUUAAAGUGAAGAAGCUGGGUGCUGCAGCAGAUGAGAGAUAAUAUCAUAUUCACACAAGACUCACAGCGUUCAGUUCAGAUAGAAAACAAUACAGUUUGAGUUAAGAAAAAUACAAACGUUUGUCCACAUAAAUCUGUUUUCCAUUUGAAGCGGCUAUAAUCUUUUUUUUUUCUUUCAUCACUCGACUCUAAAGUUCCCCAUGGCUCUGAGAGGAGCUUUAUAGCAUCUUUUGGCUCAUUGUUUUGGUUUCCUAGCUUAAAACUUAGCAGUAGCUUUGGACGGACCCUCACUCUCAAAAUUAGUUUCUGCUGCAUCUGUUUGCCAUUGUUUCUACAUAAUAUUUAUUUUAUACUUCAGUUUGAUGAAUUGAGACUCUUUUUUUCCGUUUAACAAAAUAAGCCAACGUCCAUUAAAGUUAGGCAACCCAAUCUGAACGCAGCUCUAGAUGAAUACAACUUGUCAAGAUUUAGAUGUAAAUCAGCGGUUUCACCAGAGAGGUGUAAACAAGAGCAUAAAUCUGAGCAGAUAUUUGGCGCUAGCUGACAGUUUUUGAUACGAACACAUUUCUGUUGAGGUUUAAUACCCAUCUCUAACAAAUGUACAGCCAGCGCUGGAGGUAAUAUAUGAGACAAGCCAGUGAAAGAGAUUUAUAAAACCAAGGACAGAGGAGGAGGUCACGCAGGCGAACGUGAUGUUACUGCAUUACCGCCUCGCCACAUUAGUACAGUGUAUUCUUUACACAUUCCACCCUGAAACAGGUCAUUAGUAUUGAGGAUAUGGAGCUCUCCACCAGUCCCUCAUUUCUCUCCCUGUCUCCAUCUCUGCCAUGGCCUGAGCGCUGCAUGUAUGUGUGUGCGCGUGUGUGUGUGAGGCCUCUCUGUCUCGGCCGGCGUACGCAGCCAGCCGUGUCCUUGCUCCGCAUCUCCUCCGGUGUUUCACUAAACAUGCUUGAUUAGGCAAAGUACAUUCCCAGCCCCCUAAUGGCCUGAUGAGCCCCUGAGAAGAUUACUACAGACACAUCAGCCUGAGAGGGAGGUACACGUUCAACCGACUCGUUUUACCCCUCCGCUCACAUUCACAAGCAUGCAUACCCACACACACACGCACACACACAAACGGGCCCUUUAACCAAAUUCGGGAUGCAAUUGAAUUAAGAUCAGAAACAGAGCUCAAGCCUGAAAUAGGCUGUCUGCUUCUAGGAAAUGUAUUGUGCAUGAUGUUAUCUUACUGAGUGCAAAAUUUGAUUACCUUAGUUCGGCAUUACAAGGCAGCUAAAGAAUUCAGGUGUAACCUCAUGGAAGACAGUGUGUUUAUGAAAGCCAUCAUCCUCCCUCUUCUUUUACAUACUUCAAGUCAUUCCUCCCCUUUUAACAGCUGCACGUCUUCUUCUUCUUCUUCUUCUGCUUCUUUCAGUCCCCUUUCAUCAUCAAACCAUCCGUAGCAAACGUAGACCAGGGCCACACUGUGUUUGUCGGUAUUAAAGGUUGGCUGGUUAAUUUUAUGAGAUCAAACUAACCCCCACUUUAUUUCACAUUAAACCCUUAAAUAAUGGAUUUUUUGGGGACAUUUUGGAAGCCUCUCAAGCGGUAAAUUGCUUUCCUUUGCUCAGGAUUUUUUGUAUGUUAAAUGUAGCCCAUAUUGCCUCCAGUCCUGCGCACACACAAACAUUAUUCCUCUUUAUCUCUGCCCUGCACGUAUCGACACGCAUGCACAAAAAUUCCCACCCAGCCUUUCUGACCCAGUCUGUCCAUCUGCGUUUUUAUUCAUCGUGUUGUUUCUGUGCGCUUGCCGAAGAGACCAUGCCUUCGUGCGUUGGGGUUGUUCGUGCCGUGUGGCCCAGUGUUGCUGCCCCCCCCCCCCCCCCCCCGCAUCCCUCACCCCCCAGCCAAUAACUGCCACUUUGCCCUACAGUGCUCCAACUGUAUGUGCUCUGUAUGCACUCUGUGCCCCAUCAAGCAUCCAGGAGAGGAGACAAACCUGUAUCAAAUCCACCAACGCACUGGGAAGCAGUGACAUGAAACGACUCCCUUCCAAGCCAACCUGUGAGAGGAAAAAGCACAACAACGAGGCGAAAACAGAAUCAACAUUUGCAUUUUUGUAAAAUUGUAGAUGUAUUUAGUCGGCACUGAUCAUUUUUGUCAUGUUUGUUUUUUCUAUCGUUUGUUUCCGUGGUAGAUAUUCGGUUUAAAAUUUAUAUGGAAUAUUAUUGUAUAUGAUUUUAAAUUCUCUGGUGUGCUGGAUUUGAUGACGACAAUGAAGACGAACCUGAUGACUAUCAUGAUUCCUAUUCUAAUGGAGCAGUACUGUGAGCAGCACCGAGGUGUUGCGUCCUGUUUGGAUGCUGAAUUUGAAAGGAAUGAGGGAGGAAGAGGAGUGAAUUAACCCUUACAGACUGAAGUUGAAAAGGACACAUUUCUCCUGCAGAGUGGAGUUUCCUGCUACUGUGAAGGACCCUGUCGUCCUGUGGCUCUCACCAGAGGCUGGCCCCCAAUCACCCCGGGGUCCUCGGGGGCAGGCUGUCACCCGAUGACAACACAUGCCCCUACUACGUGUACAUAACCUUGAUGCUUACAUGUAAUUUAAGUGCAGUAGCUGCAUGACGACACAGCCUCUGUUUGUGUACAGAAGUAGCGAUGUGUGAAUUUGUACAGUACAUGCAAGUGUGUGUGCUUGUGUCCGCGAAGAAAUCUGUCUGUCGUCACGCAAAAAGCAACACAUGCAUGCACCUCCAACAACUGCGCAGUACACACGUACACUGAAACCCACGCAUACACAAACACACUCCAGCAGUUGUUCACCAUUCUCCACAUUGUCCUGAGCUCUGCCUGUCACUCCGCAUGGAGACUUUGCUCUAUGUCAACUUUCUUAUUCUAAUAAAUCACUCAGACAUUGA